AUGACAUCACCUCAGCCGCCUCGAGACGACUCCAAGACCACCGGUCGGGCAGGCAUUCCUAUCCCAACGGAGCUUGUCCUGCAGAUCGUGAAAGCCAUUGGCCCACGACCGAAGCCAAAGCCAGCAAAACAUCUAAGACUUCACGGUGCUCUCGAAGCCGAGGCCGACUCCGACUCCGAUGACCUGAAGAUAGUGGAUGACUAUUUUUACGAAAACCCUAAUAAGCCAACGCUAUCGAACGUUCUUGAAGGCAUUACCGACCUCAAAAAUUUGGCCAUCACAUGUAGGGCACUGUAUCAAACGUUGAGGUGUGUGCUUUACCAGCGAAGUGGACAAGAGGAUGACUGGUAUGCUCUUCGAUGGGCCAGCUUCAACGGCAACCUCCUUGCGUUGAAAGCGGCCGUCGAGGCCGGCGCAUCAGUCAACUACGCCUUUGAGAAGACCGGAACCCCAAUAGACAUGAUGAACUAUGGACGCGUAGAAAGCACUUUUGGAAGCAACUUCCCCAUACUGCAAAGGUCAAAGACGUACAACUUCGGCACACCCUUGCUCGCGGCGGCGUAUGGCGACGUCACCGGGCGACAUCAAGCAAUCAAGUGGUUGCUCUCUCACGGCGCCGACCCAAACACCACAGACACCAACGGGAUCACGCCAGUGCAUGUCGUAUGUAGAUGGGGCGUACGAGCGAGCGUGACCGUCGAGCUCCUUCUCAAGAAAGGCGCAGACGCCAAUGCCUUCGGCCCUCGGGGAUGGACGCCCCUCCACAUGGCGUGCUACGCGCGGAGAUGGCAUCCUGAUCCAGAGGACCCUCGACGACUGUCUCAGCAGAAGCAGGACCAAGCCAUGAUACCUACUGCAAAGGAGCUGAUCAAAGCAGGGGCUGACUUGCGGGCCAGAACGACCUUGGGCGGAGCGAAGGAGUCUGGCGAGCCCUACAUCGGUGGCUUGACGCCGUAUGAGUUGGCUCUUUACUGUCAGAACGUUACAAUGGUUGAGUUCUUCCGUGAGCAGGAAGCGAUUUCUUCGACGAGCUUUGAGAAGCGACUGCUAGAAACCCUUGGUACUUGCUGGUGCCCCUCCAUUGCCCCUCCUGCCGUGCCCCAGCUGCUCUUUGCAGGGGUCUUUUCUCGCAAGUGUGUGAUGUCAGCCCCCACCUUCCCGACCACAUCGCGUCCAUCACCUUCCUACUCACAACCGCAUCAACUACAGCGGUACGAGCUUCGCAUGGGCUGGGAAUCAUGGUACGACCUCAAUUCAACGUUAGCCCACAUAACCGAUAUCUUCAGUUUGGCCACUACCUCAAGGGCCGUCUUAUCUGCAAGCGGCUCAUCGACUCUCCACAUCCACGACACAGCCGACCCCACGAUCCCCAUCACGCAAUCCAUCAGCGGUGCACACAAGCUGGGCUGCCACCACAUCUGCACCUCCCGCAAUGGUCUGGUCGCCGCGAGUGCAGGCUUCGCCGGCGAGGUGAAGAUCUGGGUCAUCAACAAGGACACGAGCGAGUGGAAGCUCCACUCAGAGAUCACGAACAAGGCGGCCAAGGCCGGCGAGGUCUGGGCCAUUGCGCUUAGCGAGGAUGGAAAAUUCCUGGCGGGUACGACAUACGACGGCCGGGUGAAUGUGUGGGACGUUGGAGAAGAGGGCACGCCCAAGAUUAGAGAGUACGAGACGGGAAGCCCUGGCCAGGGAAGCUUUGGUAUGUCAGUCGACUUGAGCCGUGAUGGGCGAUACACUGCCAGUGGCCACCAGAACGGAGCUGUCUACGUCUUCAACAAUGACAACGGAAAGUUGUUGUUCUCACUACCAGGCCUGGUCAAAUCUGUCCGCUCUGUCUCAUUCUCCCCUGGAAACACCAGACUCGCUGCUGCUGGCGACUCAUCCGUUAUUGCUCUCUACGACAUCAAGAAUGGCGAGCAAGUCAGCAACAUGACUGGCCACUCCUCAUGGAUCACAUCUGUUGACUGGAACGACACGGGUGAAUACUUGCUUAGCGGAGCGAUGGACGGAAAGGUCAAGGUCUGGUCAGUGGAGCGUAGCGCCUGUGUCGCGACGCAUAGCGAGACAGACAAGGCUUUGUGGGCUGUCAAGUGGCUCCCGAAGACUGGAAAGAACGAGUCUUUCUGUACGGCGGGCGCCAACAGGAGCAUUUCAUUCUAUAGGGAAGCUACUGGUGCAUAA